AUGGUCAUCUUGAGCCUGGAGAUAGUUCACCAGAAUCAGCUGGAUGAGAGCCAGCAGGAGAGGAAUGACCUGAUGCAGCAGAAGCUGCAACUGGAGGGACAGGUGACUGAGCUGAGGAGCCGAGUACAGGAGCUGGAGAAGACGCUGGCAGCAGCCAGGCAGGAGCACGCAGAGCUGAUGGAGCAGUACAAGGGUCUUUCCCGGUCCCACGGGGAGCUCAUAGAAGAGAGGGACGUCCUGAGCCGGCAGCAGGGAGACCACGUGGCUCGCAUCCUGGAGCUGGAAGAUGACAUCCAGACCAUCAGUGAGAAAGUGCUGACGAAGGAGGUGGAGCUGGACAGGGUUAGAGACGCAGUGAAGGCUCUGACUCGGGAACAGGAGAAGCUCCUCGGGCAACUGCAGGAAGCGCAAGCAGACAAGGAGCAGAGCGAGACUGAACUCCAGGCGGCACAACAGGAGAACUGUCACUUGAAGUUGGAGCUGCAGGAAGCCAAAGGCCAGCAGGAGGAGCUGGGUGCUCAGGCACAGCGGCUGAAGGACAAGGUGGCCCAGAUGAAGGACACCCUUGGCCAGUCCCAGAAGCAGGUGGCAGAGCUAGAGCCCCUGAAGGAACAGCUCCGAGGGGCCCAGGAGCUGGCAGCCUCCAGCCAGCAGAAAGCUGCCCUCCUUGGGGAGGAGCUGGCCAGCGCUGCGGGCACCCGGGACCGCACCAUGGCUGAGCUGCACCGCAGCCGCCUGGAAGUGGCUGGGGUCAACGGCAGGCUGGCCGAGCUCAGUCUGCACUUGAAGGAGGAGAAAAGCCAGUGGAGCAAGGAGCGGGCUGGACUGCUGCAGAACAUGGAGGCAGAGAGGGACAAGAUCCUGAAGCUGAGCGCCGAGAUCCUCCGGCUGGAAAAGGCAGUUCAGGAGGAGAGGACCCAGAAUCAGGCAUUCAAGACGGAGUUGGCCCGGGAAAAGGACUCCAGCCUGGUGCAGUUAUCAGAGAGCAAGCGGGAGCUGACAGAGCUCCGCUCGGCACUCCGAGUGCUCCAGAAGGAAAAGGAGCAGCUGCAGGAGGAGAAGCAGGAACUGUUAGAGUACAUGAGAAAGCUGGAGGCCCGCCUGGAGAAGGUGGCCGAUGAGAAGUGGAAUGAGGACGCUGCCACAGAGGACGAGGAAGCCACUGCAGGACUAAGCUUCCCAGCAGCCCUGACAGACUCAGAGGAUGAGUCCCCUGAAGACAUGAGGCUUCCACCCUAUGGCCUCUGCGAGUGUGGAGACCCAGCCUCCUCUCCUGCUGGGCCACGAGAGGCCACGUCCCUCGUGGUCAUCAGCCAGCCACCCCCCAUCGCUCCCCACCUCUCAGGGCCAACUGAGGACAGCAGCUCUGACUCGGAAGCUGAGGAUGAGAAGUCAGUCCUGAUGGCAGCUGUGCAGAGUGGGGGCGAGGAGGCCAACCUGCUGCUCCCCGAGCUGGGCAGCACCUUCUAUGACAUGGCCAGUGGCUUUGCAGUGGGUCCCUUGUCAGAGGCCAGCAGCAACCAGGCCACUCCACCGUGGAAAGAGUGCCCUGUUUGUAAGGAGCGCUUCCCAGCUGGCAGCAACAAGACUGCCCUGGAGGAUCACAUGGAUGGACAUUUCUUUUUCAGCACCCAGGCCCCCUUCACCUUUGAGUGAUCAACAGCCCUACCCUACCCGGUAAUGCAUGGAUUCACACUUGCACACACACAUGCGUGCAUACGUGCACACCUACUCACACACACACACACACACACACACACACACACAAUCUCUCUCAUACAGUUAGGUCUCUCACCCAUCUUUCUGUCACACGGGGCUCUGUGACUUUCUGUGCCCCAAGCUGCACUUGUGUGCUGUUUGCUUCCCAGGCCUUCCAGCUUCAUCCUCCCUUCCUGGCCCCUUGACCCAGGCAGAGGCCUGCUUGGCAGCAGUGACUGACUCCUGAUCCUCCCCUGAAAGUGGGUGUGAAGGAGCCAGGCCAGAGCAGGCCUUCCCUGGGGGGCUCAGAGCCACUUGAGCCUUGGCUGCUCUGUCACUCACAUCAACCAUCCACACUCAUACACACACACACACACACACACACACACACACACUCCCAUUCAUACUCACUCCCCUUUACCUGCCCCAAAGCCAAUUCCUGGGGCACCCCCCCCCCAUUGGGUCCCUGCUGAUUGAUCUGAAUUUUCUCUGGGCCCCAUUAAUGCAGCAGCAGAGACUCUGGCCUUCCAGAGGCACCUUCGGUUCUGAGCUUCAUUGGUUCCCCUUUCUGUUAUCCCCAUCCCACCCCGCCCCACCGCCUUUUGCAUCCCACUCCAGCCUUGCCCAUACCAUAGAUGUUAAGUUAGGAGGGUUCUUCUGUAUUUUUGAGGUUUUCUGUACUAUCUCCUCCUCCCCGACCCCCGCCAGCAUCCUCAUAUGGAAAGAAAUAAUGCAUUUGUGCCUUCUGUGAGGGUGGAGGGAACAGAUAAUCCCUGUGUCCCCCUUUCUCAGCCUCGCCUCCCUCUCCAGGUCCCCCAUAGCAAUAAGUGCUUACCUGGAGAGCCUUCCCCCUGCCUGUAGUUGGAUGGAUAUAUUUAUAUGAUAUGUAAAGCUAUUCUAAUAAAACGUGUUCUUAC